GCGAACCAUCGCUGAAAAGGUGGAGGGGCGAAGCCACCUUUUAUUUCAAAAAAAGAGAAGCCCAGAAUGCUUAGCGCUCGCCGGUGGGCGGGGCUAGAGCGCGAGCCCGUCAUGAGCGCCGGGUGGCGUCUCACAGAAUUAUUGAAGAUUUAACAGACGAUGGGCCAUAUGUACCCUGACGGCAUUUUAUAUUUAGAGACCUGUUGCUUGCUAUGGCAUCUGAGACUGAAAAAGCCAAUGCUCUUCUCCAGUCAUUCAGCACAGCUUCUGUUGUUUCAAGCCUAGGACUGGGGAUUUUCUGUUUUGCAGCAGAUAGAUUUCUACAGUUUUCCUUCAUUCAGCAAAAUGACUGGUUGCGGGCACUCUCUGAUAACACCGUGCAUGGUAUUGUGGGUUUGUGGUCCUGGGCAAUAGUGAUUGGACUCAAGAAGAAAAGUGAUUUUUCAGAGGUGAUUUUUGCUGGUUUCCUCUCAUCUGUGAUUGACAUGGAUCACUUCAUUCUAGCUGGCUCAUUUUCGUUAAAGGCUGCUCUGACACUUCCACAAAGACCAUUUCUUCAUUGUUCUACUGUGAUUCCAGUUGUUUGCCUGAUGCUGAAGUUUAUUAUGCAUCUUUUCAAGCUGAAGGAUUCCUGGUGUUUUCUGCCCUGGAUGCUGUUUAUAUCGUGGACUUCACACCAUGUUCGAGAUGGAAUUCGUCACGGCUUGUGGAUUUGCCCAUUUGGAAAUACCGGGCCCUUGCCUUACUGGCUUUAUGUGGCAAUCACGGCAUCCUUGCCUCAUUUCUGUUCCUUUGUCAUGUACUUAACCGGAACAAGGGAACUGAUGUCUAUAAAACAUGGGAUUCAUAUUGAUGUCUAAGGAUGUUGCAGAUGGUUAUAUUUGCAUUGCUGAAAUAAUUCCCUCAGGUGUUCUCACAUCUUAACUUGAAAACACGUUGCUUGUUAUAGCUGUGAUUCCCUAAAGCUACUGCCACAUAAGAUAAUGUUUUGGGUUAAUGUUCUAGUUAGCAUAUUCCUCCAAAUCUUCUUCUGCAGAUUCUUUCUUUUGUGGAUUCCCAAACAGAUGUCAGUAUUUUGUAAGAAAAGAGUAACAACUGCUACUUCUAGAUUCCAGUAUAGUACCACCUUAGAGACCAACAAGAUCUUCAGGUCAUAAGCUUUUGCUAGACAAAGGGAGCUUUGUUUCUUGAAAGGUUACACUCCAAAAAUCUUCUUGGACUCUAAGGUGCUACUGGACUUGUAUCUGGCUGUUCUGCUGCAGCUCAACAGAGCUACCAGCUGAAAUUGGUAUUCCUGUCUACCUUCCUCUCUCUGUAGUCCGCAGUGGCUGAAUCAGCCCCAGGAUUUUCAAUUCUGGUUCCACAAAACAGGAAAGUACUUCAGUUUCCAAAAUCUCUGGCCUUGGAGAUUAUAGAAAUGGGUCCGGGUGGUGGGCAGAAGGAAAGGAAGUUGUCAACCUCUUGUCCCAAUCAAAAUUUAUCUUGUUACGGCAAAUACAAAGAGUGGAACAAAUGGGAAGCAUGAUGUUCACUUCUUUUUCUACUGUUAAUGCCAGAGAUGUGUUAGUGGUUUCUAGAGCACGUCCUUCUUCAGCCUCCUCUGCAGUAUAAAUUUGACUCAGUCGCUUAUCACUAUUUAUAUUUCUGUCUUCUGAACUCUUUGGUUGUCAUAUUGAAGAUGUAUAGUAUACCAUUUAGGUCUAAAGGAGCAGCAGUCUAAAGGAGUAUACCAUUUAGGUCUAAAGGAGCAGCAGUGGCAUAGUGGCUAAGAGCAGUGGCUAAGAGCAGGUGCACUCUGAUCUGGAGGAACCGGGUUUGAUUCCCAGCUCUGCCGCUUGAGCUGUGGAGGCUUAUC